GUAUCCAGCGAAGACAUCCUCACCUCACGUCCGACACCCCCGUGACGUCAGCUUCCUUACAGGUGUCAUUAACACGUGUGACGUCAGCUUUUUUACAGGUGUCAUUAACACGUGUGACGUUACCAUCAUUACAGGUGUCAUUAACACGUGUGACGUCACCUUCAUUACAGGUAUCAUUAACACGUGUGACGGAGGCAGCAACACGGGCGGCACGUCAUUUGGUAAGGGACUGACAGGAGGCGGGGACCUCAACCAUGCUGUCGUCAUCGUAGGCGAUGGGACGACGGACGACGGGGUCGAGUUCUGGGUGCUGCUGAACAGUUGGGGUCUGGACUGGGGUGCGGGAGGCUACGCUCUAGUGAAGAAGCUGGAGUGUAACAUCUGCCAGGCAAUAUUCCAGCCUAUCCUGAUGCAGGGAACAAAGAUGGCGUCGACAAUCAUGCUAGGUCUUAAAAAUGCAAAUGUUAUAGUAUAAUGUGUAACGCGUGAAUGUUAUAUCAACGACGAUUUAUAUAAUAUGUAUAAUAUACGAAAAAUAUCAAGUGUUUUAUUUCAUUCGGUCUCUAA